AUGAAUCAGCCCAUACAAAUUGUGGUAUCUAAUGAAGAGGAAUAUAAAGCUUUACUUUCCUCAAAUCACUCUAUAAUAUUUGAUGACAGAGUUUCUGAUAAACCUUUGACAGUUUUGGCAACAUCAAAUUCAGACGUUGGAGAUAGUAUCAAUUUAAGUAAUCCGCAAUCAAAUGAAAUGAUGAUUAUUCCUGAAACAUUUCCCAUAAACAUUUCAGCAUCUAAUACUACAGACAACUCCAAUAUAGUUGUUGUGUACAGCCACCCAGUUAGUGAACAAAACAAACAUUAUCAGUUAAUAACAUCUUCUCAAGGUCUCAACAAUCAAUUCAUCCAAUCAUCAGCAAUUUUUACUCAAAAUUUUGAAACUGUGACAACUACAUCUCCAAUAAUGGCUGGUCAAAUAGUGGUAAAUAACACUACUGUAGGUAAUUCUUGGCAAAAUGAUUUGCCGAUUGCUACUACAGAAAUGCAAAUUAUAGCUACAGAAGUGCAUGAUGGUGAUCCAGUUAAUAAUAUCCCUCAAGUUGAGAUAGUGAAACCAGGUCUGGAGGUUCCUCUACCUCAAUCGUUGCCAAACUUAGAUGAAUCUGAUAUUUCAGCAAACAACAACUGUUUAAGUACUGACACUGACACUAUAGUAAAAUCUACCAAAACAGACAAAGCUAUUUUUCAAAAUACAACAUUAAUUCCUAUUAGUAAAUUGCCUUCCUUAAGCUCUCUCAGUCAAUCUAUGGUUAUAAAUUCACCCCAAGUAGGAUUAAAUAUUGUACAAUCAGAAGAAAAUCUUGUACAAUUAGAAAAAAAUCUUGUACAAUCAGAAAAAAAUCUUGAAACUAAAGAAUCCCAUGCAAUUACGGAAAAUCCAAUCCCUGAACAAUCUAAUAUGGUAGACAUGCAGGCUAAUAUAGAUGAAGAACCAAAACCAGAACCUAUUUUUGAUCAACCUGACUCCAUUAUAAACCAAGCUGAAUCAGUUGAAUCUAAGGAGGAACAAGGUGACUGUGUAACAGUACCUAAUGCAUUGAUACAUCCGCAUCAAGAUGUUGAAUCAAACAUAAUAGUUGUUUCAGGAGAAAAAACUUCAACAGAAUUGCCACAGGAACCUUCUACUAACAUUGAUGAUCAAGAAAUUGUCAUAUUGAGUGUGAAGGAAGAAAGUCCUGGUGAUAAUUCAAAACUAGACAUAUCUGUAACUUGUGAACAUAUAGAAGACACUACCGAGACACAAGAAGGUUCUAAUGACAUAGUUGAAUGUCCACCAGAAUCCAACAAUGCAAAUUCACAUUUAAAUCAACAAUCCUUAAAUACAUCUGAUCUUCAACAAAAUCAUAAUAAUAUCAUAAUGGAACAAGAUGAUAAAUUUGAUCACAAAGCUACUAUAACUAUUUCUAAAAUGGUAACUGUUGAACCAAAAACCCUUUUACAUUACACAUCUACUUCAGAUACAAAUGAUAUACAGAUUUCUGAACUAGAAAAUACAUUAACUGAACAUACUUUAACACAAAAAGAUGAUUUAAUAAUAGAUACUGUUGAACAGAAACAACCAGUAUUAAUAAGUUUGGAGGAUGAAUGUAUUAAAACUGAAGAUGAGGAAACAAUUGAAAACAUAGCAAGAGAUAUAGGGGUAGUUCCUAAAAUGAUUGGUGUAGAAAUUAUGGAAGAAAAACCUUAUGAAAAUAUUAACAAGCCAAUUAUAAAAGAUAUUGAUAAUCUUAGAUUAGAAUGGUCAGAUGAUGAUGGAGAAGAAGAAACGGAUCCUUCUAAUAAGUUGACUCAAGCCAAAGUUGAUGGAGAUAAACCUGAAUGUAUGUUGCAAAGUAAUGAAUCAGAAACUAACAAAAACAUAGAUAACAUACCUCAAGAAAAAAUUUCCUCACUACUUAAUGAUUGGGAAGAAAACUCGCAAGAAGAAACAAUUUCUGAUUCUGUGUCUGCGAUUCCAACAGAAGUAAUAAAAAAUACAACUGAUAUCAUUAGUGACAAGUUGACCGCAGAGAAAGUUGAGCCACAAGAGGGUAAAAAACACAAUGAUAUAAGAAAGUUGGUAAGUGAUUGGGAUGAUGAUGUAGAAGAGGAAAUUAAAAAAGAAAACUAUUAA